GCCGCCCCCUGCCGUUCCCGGAGCAGCAAGAUGGCGGACACAAUGAGGAGGACCCGCCUCUCCGCGGCCUGAGCAGGCCGAGCCGAGCCGGAGAGCGCCGCCCGCCUCGGCCCGCCGCCCCUCCCUGCUUUCUGCCGCUCCCCGCCGUCCCGCGACGCCUUUCCCGUCCGCUCCCGCCGCCGCCCGGAGCCCCGCCCGGCUCCCCUCAGCGCCACCGCCGCCGCCCUCGGCGCGGCCCGGCCCGGCGGCGGGAUGAAGCUGACGGAUAACGUGCUGCGGAGCUUCCGCGUGGCCAAGGUCUUCCGCGAAAACUCGGACAAGAUCAACUGUUUCGACUUCAGCCCCAAUGGCGAGACCGUCAUCUCCAGCAGCGACGACGACUCCAUCGUUCUCUAUGACUGCCAGGAGGGCAAGCCAAAGAGAACACUGUACAGUAAGAAGUACGGAGUGGACCUCAUCAGGUACACGCAUGCUGCCAAUACUGUUGUGUACAGCUCCAACAAAAUAGAUGACACAAUCCGAUACCUCUCCCUGCAUGACAACAAAUACAUUCGGUAUUUCCCGGGGCAUACCAAAAGAGUGGUUGCUCUUUCGAUGUCUCCAGUGGAUGAUACUUUCAUUUCUGGGUCCCUAGAUAAAACUAUUCGACUUUGGGAUCUCCGCUCUCCAAAUUGCCAGGGGUUAAUGCAUCUCCAGGGGAAGCCUGUGUGUUCUUUUGACCCGGAAGGGUUGAUUUUUGCUGCGGGAGUCAAUUCUGAAAUGGUGAAGCUUUAUGACCUCCGUUCUUUUGACAAGGGGCCGUUUGCUACGUUUAAGAUGCAGUACGAUCGAACGUGUGAGUGGACAGGCCUGAAGUUCAGCAACGAUGGCAAACUCAUCCUCAUAUCAACUAACGGAGGCUUCAUUCGACUGAUUGAUGCCUUUAAAGGAGCCAUCCUGCAUACAUUUGGGGGUUAUAACAAUAGUAAGGCUGUCACGCUGGAGGCAUCAUUCACACCAGACUCUCAGUUCAUCAUGAUAGGUUCAGAGGAUGGGAAGAUUCAUGUUUGGAAUGGGGAGAGUGGGAUGAAGGUGGCUGUGCUGGAUGGGAAACACACAGGUCCUAUAACCUGUCUGCAGUUCAAUCCAAAAUUCAUGACUUUUGCUAGCGCAUGUUCCAAUAUGGCCUUUUGGUUGCCAACCAUCGAUGACUAAUUCCUACGCUGCAGCUGCUGUUGGAUGAUUUCCAUACUGCUAACAGCAGCACAUCACUGCAAGCAUAGUAUUGGAAUUGCCUAGGUCUCCUGGACUCUAUUCCUGCACAUGCCUUCAUGUCUUACCUUUAUUUGGUGCAUUCCUUUGCAAGGACUCCGGGGCUCAGCCUCCUGGCAUGUUCCAAAGUGGCAUGCUACACGUCCUUACCUUACAGUCUGUGCCCAGCAGGCUUCAGCUGAAAUUGGAACUGACUGACACAGUGUUAUUUCUGAGAGCAGUGAAAUCUGUUUUAAUUACAAAAUGUUUGUGGCAUUUUUUGAAGCUGUAAUUGUGUUUUUCCUUCUGUAAGUGCACAAGGUGGUUGAUGCUCCAAGGUGGAAUGUGCAGUUCCUUCCCAUAAGUGCAUGUUUCUCACAUUUGGGAUCUUCCUGCUUUCACUGCAGUCCACAGAUGCAAAGUUACUUGUGUGCCAAAUGUGAACACUG